CUUGUGGUUUUCUGCGGUGAUCUGCUCGUGCAUAACUCACCAACAGUGUUGGCCUUACCUGAAGAAUCUCAGCGUCCGACAGGAAGUUGUUAAAGAUACAGCAAAAUAAUAGUAAUAAUAAUAAUAAUAAUAAUUGCCUUUCACUCGAUAUGGCCGUAUGUGAGAGAGAGGACCGAAAGUUACACAAUAAUCGAAACGAAAGUGAAACCCUUUCCUCUGAAUCACAUCACUUUCUGUUCUGACACAGGAACGAACCAAACGCCAAACUGCACUGAAAGAAAAUGGCUCAAGCUGAUAUUGACGAGGGAUUAUAUUCUCGACAACUGUACGUGAUUGACCAUGAUGCAAUGCGUCGCAUGGGAAAGGCUGAUGUCCUCAUUGCUGGAAUGCGAGGUCUUGGUGUGGAGAUUGCCAAGAAUGUGAUCCUGGCUGGAGUUCGAUCGGUCACCAUUCAGGAUGAGGGUGUGGUGGAGUGGAGAGAUCUGUCCUCUCAGUUUUACUUAAAGGAGGCUGAUCUGGGUCAGAACAGGGCUUUAUGCUCUGAGAAGCAGCUCUCUAGUCUGAAUGUCUACGUUCGAGUGUCUUCCUGGACUAACAAACUCGAUGAAGACUUCCUCAGUAAGUUCCAGGUGGUGGUGCUCACAAAUUCACCUUUAGAAGAGCAGCUACGCAUGGGAGCGUUUUGUCAUUCAAACAAUAUAAAGUUUAUUGUGGCUGACACCAGAGGGCUUUGUGGGCAGCUGUUUUGUGACUUUGGCAAAUCAUUUGAGGUCAUAGACACAAACGGAGAGACUCCAGUAUCGGCUAUGAUUGCUCACAUCAGCAAGGGCAAUCCAGGCAUCGUGACAUGCACAGAUGAGGAAAGCCACGAGUUCACCGAUGGCAUGUUUGUGAAUUUCUCUGAGAUUCAAGGCAUGACUGAACUCAAUAGUUACGGCCCCAUUGAGAUCAAAGUGAGAGACAGCUACUCCUUUAGUAUUUGUGACACUUCAAACUUUUCUGAGUAUGUGAAGGGUGGAGUGGCAACUGAAGUGAAACAGCCUGAAAUCCUCAGCUUUAAACCUCUGAAUGAGGCUCUAAAUGAAUUGAUUAGAGACCCUGGGCUUGUGGAGAUGACAGACUAUGGCAAGAUACAAAGACACCUGUCUCUGCAUCUGGGCUUCCAGGCCUUGCAUAGAUUCACUCAGAAGUACAGCCGGGCACCCCAUCCUAGGUCCCAGGCUGAUGCUGAAGUGCUGGUUACUAUCACAAAAGAGCUUUGCACAGAUGCAACGUUUGGUGAUCUUGAUGAAGAUGCUGUAAGGCAGUUAUCUUUUGUUGCCAGCGGUGAUCUGGCGCCUGUCAGUGCCUUCAUCGGCGGUCUGGCCGCUCAGGAGGUGGUGAAGGCAUGCAGUGGUAAAUUCACUCCUCUCAGACAGUGGCUGUACUUUGAUGCCCUGGAAUGCCUUCCUCAGGAGAACGACGGAGUCCUUUCUGAAGACGCCUGUGCUCCUAGAGACAGUCGAUAUGAUGGGCAGAUUGCUGUGUUUGGAUCUGCUUUUCAAGACAAACUGAAGAAACAGAACUAUUUUCUGGUCGGAGCUGGAGCAAUUGGUUGUGAGCUGCUGAAGAACUUCGCUCUGAUUGGUCUGGGUGCGGGAGAGGCCGGGAAGAUCACGGUGACUGACAUGGACUCUAUUGAGCGAUCAAAUCUGAAUCGACAGUUUCUUUUCCACUCUAAGGACAUUGGGAGACUGAAGUCUGAGGUGGCAGCAGAGUCUGUUAAAGAAAUGAACCCCUACAUGAACAUCACCGCUCACCAGAACCGUGUGUGUCCUGAGACGGAGGAGGUCUACACACAUUCAUUUUACAGCAAGCUUGAUGGUGUAGCAGCGGCGCUGGAUAAUGUGGAUGCACGUGUCUAUCUUGAUCAAUGCUGUGUGCGAAACAAAAAGCCUAUGCUGGAGGGAGGAACCCUCGGUAGUAAAGGCCACACUUUGGUGGUGGUACCACAUCUGACUGAAUCAUACGGACCCUCCACAUCUGGAGGACAGAAAGCCAUUCCCAUCUGCACACUCAAGAACUUCCCUCACCGUAUAGAGCACACGCUUCAGUGGGCCAGAGACCAGUUUGAGGGACUUUUCAAACAAACGGCAGAGAAUGUUAACAACUUUCUCAGUGACACAACAUUUGUUGAUGGCACAGUUGCACGUGGGGAUGUGGAGGCUGUGGAAAUACUGGAGGGUGUCUAUAGGAGUCUGGGCGAGGAAUGGCCUCAGAACUGGGCUGAUUGUGUCAGCUGGGCUCGCAGACAGUGGGAAACGCUCUACAACAACCACAUUAAACAACUGCUACACUGCUUUCCCCGUGACCAGGUAACAAGCUCUGGACUUCCGUUCUGGAUGGGCGCAAAGAGAUGUCCACAUCCUUUGACCUUUGACACCAACAACACCACCCAUAUGGACUUCAUUGUGGCAGCGGCCAAUUUAUACGGGCAGAUCUAUGGGAUUACAGGCUCAACAAAUCGUAGCGAAAUUCAGACCAUUCUGCAAAGAGUAAAAGUGCCUGAGUUCACCCCUAAAUCUAGUGUAAAGAUAGCAGUGACCGACCAGGAGAUGAAAGAGGAAAACGAGGAGAGAAAAGAAGAAGACAAAGUCAAGCUGGAGAUGUUAAAGGAGAAGCUGUCCAAACUCCAUCUGAAGGACCAAAGCUUUCGGAUGCAUCCACAGGAGUUUGAGAAGGAUGAUGACAGUAAUUUCCACAUGGACUACAUAGUCGCAACAUCCAACCUGAGGGCAGAGAACUAUGAUAUACCAACCGCCGACCGCCACAAAAGCAAGUUAAUUGCUGGCCGCAUCAUUCCAGCAAUCGCCACAACAACAGCUGCGAUCGCCGGGCUGAUGUGUUUGGAGCUCUAUAAGCUUGUCCAGGGUCACCAGAAACUCACAUCCUACCGUAACGCAUAUAUAAACCUGGCCACCCAAUACUUUGUCCUUUCACAGCCUUGUGUGCCCCCGACAUUCACAGUUGCAGGGCAGCGGUACUCUAUCUGGGACGACUUCCUGGUGCAGGGCCGGCGUGAGGGUCAAAAGGAAAUGACCUUGGAGGAACUGCUGAAACACAUUAAGGAAAACCAUAACUUGAGCAUCACUGGCUUGUAUUAUGGUACUGCUGUACUGUACAGUGAUCUCUCUGAUCAUACUGAUCGCCUGAAGCUAAGCAUAACUGAUUUGGUGCGCACUGCAACUAAGCGUGAGAUUCCAGAUCACCAGCAGAUGUUGGAGAUCGUUCCCUCGUUUGAAGAGGAUGAGGACUGCCAGACCGUCCCGCCCAUCAGAUACCUGCUGAAGUGAUGCUGGAGGCCUGAACGAACUAUCACCGUAAUAAGAUGUCAACUAUUGACUGGUCUCUAUUAACUUUGAUUCUAUAUUUAUAUGCAGAACAGUCAUAAAAUCAUGUCAAUUUGCACACUGCAAAAAAUAAUAAACAUGGGAGAUUUAAUAAAGUUGGUUCUUAAAACAAAUAAAAAACAGUCUACAAAAAAAAAAAAGAAAAAAAAAAAAACUAUCUUCUAUACGUAACAUUACAAAAAGGUCUCUUUUGUUAACAUUAAUGUAUUAACUACACUGGUAGAAAAAAAAAUCAAAUCAGUCAGUUCUAGUAAAUUUCACAUAUAAUUACAAAGAAAGAGCAAGUAAUUGUGUAUUUUAAUAUAAGACAUACUCCAGUAAUCGUGAUUUUAUUUAAAACGAAAAAUAUAUAUAUAUAUAUAUAUAUAUAUUUGUUUUAUUUUAAGUAAAGGGGAAACUUACAUUUAUCAGUCUUUUUAGUUCGUUAAUGAAAAUACAGCUGCAGUUUGGUGUACAAUGCAUUAAUGUUAUAACAUACUUUUGAUUUUAAAAAUGGAUUAGUAAAUAUUGAAAUUAAUAAAUGCUAUAGACGUAUUGUUAAUUUUAGUUAUUCAUGUUAACUAAGUAAUGUUUACAAAUGAAACCUUAUGGGAAAGUGUUACCAACACUGAAAAAGUCUCAAGUAAACAUAUCUUGCCAACUAGAAAUAAAAAGACAACUACUGAUUAAGAUCAGAAUAUUUUGCGGUGUAAAACUUGAACUGUAAAAAUGUUUUGUGUAGGAUCUCAUUAUUUUACUGUGAGUGAAGUAUCUUUAAUUCUUUUAAACAUGGUGAUGGGUCCUGUAUCAAUAUGACCCCUGUGGUUUGUUCAUUCCCACCCUCAUCCCUUUGUUCUGCACCACCCACCUCUCACCUCAAUAUAAGCAUGAAUGAUUCCACUUCCAGAGCAGAGCCAGAGACCCAAAUGAGCUGCAUCUGCUUCACUUAAUUAAUUGAAUCACCUUUAGACACAUUUGUGUGUUCAGUCCUAAUCACAUUACAGCAGUGGAUCUCAUUCACCAAAAGACUUAACAGCUGGCUCUUUUUCAUUCUAUUGUAUUCUGGUUACAAGGCUUCAAAUUCUAAAGUAAAACUCUUAAUAUUAAAGUAUGAACUGUCAAAAUCUCAUAUCAUUCUGUAGUGAAGUCUUUGAAGAGUGUAUUGCAUAUUGGAGUCCCUUCAUUACGGACUUUUAGAAAUGAAGUAUAAUAUUUGCACCGUAUAUGAGCCGUUUGGUGGUACGUUGAAACUAUGAACUAUUGCACAACUCUUUAAGAGACUUAAAAUAAUUUGAUUGCAGUUGAAUGGAGUUGGUCAAACUGAACAUUGGUUAGCAUUAAAAAUAUACAUGGGAGAUUAUGAACUGUAAGACUUGUUUGUUCCGUUUCUUUAAUAAAGGUAAAUGAAAA